AUGGGGCCAAUGAAAUACAAGUCAAGCGUGUCCUCAGUGUCCUGUGGUCUGCAGUAUCACCGUUCAUUGAUAAAGUGGAGUCCAAAAAUGAAUUUACACAUAGUGCGGACUUACUGCUCAUCAGCACCGAAGAGGCCUGAAGCCAAGUCUGCGAUAGAAGUGGCCACGGGUCUUCUUAAUCGGCUGACAGAAGCUGGUACCGUUAUGGGAAAAAACUCCCUGCAAAAAAUGUCUGCAAUGUGCAAGAGUUGGUGGGAUAGAUAUGAAGAGUUUGUUGGAAUUAAUGAAGUUCGAGAGGCUCAGGGAAAAGUGACAGAGGCUGAAAAUGUCUUUAUGAUAGCUCGGGGGAUAGUACGAGAGGCUCGUGAAAAUGUAGAAGCCCAGCAGAUCAAACUGAAGGAAAUUCGGGACCGCUUAGACAGGGUCUCUCGGGAUGACACCCAGUAUUUGGAACUGGCUACUCUGGAACACAGGUUGCUGCAGGAAGAAAAGAGGUACCGAGCUGCGUAUUUAAAUGCAGAAGAAUCUGAGAGAGAAAAAUUCUCUCUUUUCUCUGCAGCUGUAAGGGAAAGUCAUGAGAAAGAGCGAACAAGAGCUGAAAAAACGAAGAACUGGUCUAUUAUUGGUUCUGUACUGGGAGCCAUUAUAGGGGUUCUUGGUUCCACCUAUGUUAAUCGAGUAAGGCUGCAAGAAUUGAAAGUCUUGGUGCUUGAAGCACAGAAGGGCCCAAUAAACUUGCAAGAAGCCAUCAAAGAGCAGGCCUCCAGCUAUUACUUACAGCAGAAGGAUCUCAGUGACGUCAUAGCAGACCUGAAAAAUGUGCUGCAAACAAGGACAUCACAGGAAGCAAAAGAAGGCACUUUGUUAAUGAAAGAAAACAGGAAUGACUCCAUAAAAAUAGAUUCUCUUUUAAUUCCUUUAAAUGAACAGCUAAAUUACACUAAACAAGUCAGUUCGUGUCUAGGGAGUUUACAACAGCAGUUGAACAGUUUGCAGGAAGGUGUAGCGGGUAAGGGCCAGGCUUCUGCCGUGAGAGACGUGAUUUUAGAAUUGUGUGAUACCGAGCAGAGACUGGAAACACAAAUCAAGAGAAGUUCUGUUUACAGCACUGCGGUGACAUGCGCUGUGUUUGCUAUUACGCUGCCAGUACUUUACGUUAUACUUAAAGGGAACUGAUCUCUAAUUAAUUGCCACGAUUUACUAGAUUAAUAAAAAU